AUGCGUACGAUACUCGCAAUACUGCGUGCAAACUACCGCAUCCGCCACUUCCGUUCUUACCAGGCCCCGUAUGGGGCAGACCGCGUGUGCAAAGUGUUGGUUUCAUUGUGUCUCUUUCUAGAACUGGACACAGCGGGUGUGGAGCAGCGUCUACUGGAAGGUGGCGAACGACUCACGUACAAGCUGAAUCUGCAGGGCUGGCAGUCUGAUCGAAUGAAUCUGUAUUUCGACUACAAAGACAAGAAGAAUUACCGCAAAUUUGUUGAAGUGCGAGAACACAAAUCGAUGGAACUACGCCAGAGCUCUCUACAGCUAGUAUGGAUCUGA